AUGCCGUGGGUCCUCCCGCCGCAAGAUGCCGUGACGCUCGGCGAGCUCCGCGGAGAGCUCUACAGCGUCGCCCGCCACGACUGCGACACCCUCAGCGACGACUUUACCCGCCGCGGAGGUCGUGCGUUGCACCCCGCGCGUGUCACCAGCUGUCGGCCGCAGCGGCCGCGCGCGUCGACGCACGAGCAGCCGCACGAACGCGCGCCGCUACUGGAGCGCGUAGUAGCGACUGCGAAAGCGCUCGUGCUAAGCGAUGGAGCGGACGUACGGCAGCGCGCGCAGGACGCAGCAGUGGACGUGGCCGAGUGGCUGCGCACAGCGGCAAUGGGGUCGCGGGAGCCGACGCCGAAGCGGCUGCGAGGGGAGUUACCGACCGAUAGCGCGUCGCGCGAGUGCAUUGUGGACGUGAGUUGGCACUGGACGGAGAACGUGUUGGCCGUCGCACAACGGGACGAUGUGGUCGCAUUGUACCACGUAGAGAGCGCGUCGUGGGACACGCGCGUGCUGGAGCACCCGGCGCAGACGGACGUGCGCAGCGUUGCGUGGGGCAGGUACACGGGCGAGACGCUGGCCGUGGCGUGCAGCUCGGGCGUGUUGCUGUGGACAGUGCCCGUGAGCCGCGGACGCACAGAGCCUGUGCUGAAGGAGAUACUGCAGCAUCCGAGCAGCGGCGGGUUCCAGCAAGUGAGCUGGAACGAAGACGGGAGUUUGCUCGCAGCGCUAGCGACAAGCGGCUCGCGGUCGUCGGUGGUGGUGGUGUUUGAUGCCAUUUUCUCGCGAAAGACGGAGCUGGAGAGUUCGUACAAGCUGCGGUCGAUGCACUGGUCGCCGACGGGCGAGUAUCUGUUUGUGCUGACCGAAGAUGGCGUGUCGCUGAUGUGGGAAACGCUGACAUGGAAACGAGAAACGUGGGAGGUCGCAGCGGAUGGCUGCGGCUGGUCGAGCGAUGGACGAUGCCUGAUGGUGGCGCGUCGGGACUCUACUCUCUUGUAUCCCUACAUCUUCCAGGACUGCCCGCCGUCAUUCGAUGCACAGAUCAGCUCGCCAGCUUUGGACUUCACGCAGGAGACGCUCGUGUCGCUGGACCGAAGUACCUCUGCCAUCGUUGGUGGCUAUGUUCAGAGCAUUGCAUGGGACCCCAGCGGAUCCAGGGUAGCUGUAACGUAUCGAACUGAAGCGAGUGACUCCCAUGAAGCUGGAAUAGCGCCAUUGGUUUGCAUUUUCAGCGUCGUAUGGCAGCCGUUCUUGAUUUUCACGCGGAGUGGUCUGCUGCGCGGUCCCCCGAACGCCGGCUUACCACGGCAGCUCGCGUUUGCCUCGAAGUUUGAGCACGGUGCAUUGCUGAGCGUUGCUUGGAGCAGUGGCUUGAUCUCGUUCCAUCCGUUCUAUUUGGAAGACCCGAAGGCAGCAUAA